AAACCUGAAGGGACCAACUGGUAAAUAAAGAAGGGUGUGAAACAAAAUUAGUAGCUUUUACAGGGACUAUCCCUGAUCAGAGACUCAAUCCCUUGGCCUUUGUUCUUUUAGGGUUUCAAUAUCUGGAAAUCAUGUUCAAUUACUCAGAUCUGGAAUCACUGCCCAAUGUUUUACAAAGAAAGUAUGCUUUGUUGCGUGAUUUAGAUAAAAGCUUACAGGAAAUCCAACGGCAAAAUGAGCAGCGUUGUGAGCAAGAGAUAGAGGAUAUUAAGCAGGGAGUCAAGUCUGGUAAUAUUACGCCAGAUCCUUCACUCAUCAGAUUCUCAGAUGAGGCACUGGAUGAGCAAAAACAUUCAAUCAGGAUUGCUGAUGAGAAGGUUGCUUUGGCUGUUCAAGCAUAUGAUUUGGUAGAUACACACAUUCAGCAACUUGAUCAAUAUCUGAGAAAAUUUGAUGAAGAUAUUCGGAGAGAAAGAGAUGGCAUUGCUGGAACAGGGUUGCCUGCUCCAAUUCCUGAUAGUGGAACGAAAUCUGGAAGGGGUAGUGAAAGUAGUAGAGGAGGGCGUAAGAAAACACGCUUGGCCGCAGCAGCGGCUGCUGCACCAGUAACAGCAGCAGCAAACCCAACCAGUAUGGAUUUAGAUUUACCUGUGGAUCCAAAUGAACCAACAUAUUGCAUCUGUGACCAAGUUAGCUAUGGGGAGAUGGUUGCAUGUGAUAACCCUGAUGUAUGCACCAGUGCUUUUUUGUUUUUAUAUUCUCAAUCUGUAUUCAUGUGCUUUUCUCAUUUUAAUCUUACAUUCUGGGCCUACAAUCUGAUCAAACCUCUGCUCCAUUUUCUGCCAGUGCAAGAUAGAGUGGUUCCAUUUUGGCUGUGUUGGUGUGAAAGAACGGCCAAAAGGAGCAUGGUAUUGUUCAGACUGUAUUGGAAUGCAAAAGCGGCGGAAAGGCAAAUGACUAGUGACAUUUGUUUGUCAAUGUGUUGUACUUGUACAGCCUUGAUGUGGACUUUGAUGUAAUACUAGCUUCCUUUUCUCUUGAACCUUUCUUUUGGAUUGGUGGGGAGGGAAUGAACUAUGGGAUGCUGGAGAUUUAUCUUCACAUCACACCCAUAUCCAUAUCCAUAUCCGGCGCUUGUUUGAAACUGGCUUUUAUCACUAGAAUGAAAUGACAUGAAAGUAUCGUAUCUGUUUUGUGGAGGAA